UGUAAUAAAAAAAACAUGAAACCUUUCCUCCCUUUCUUUGCCUUCCUCUCACUCCUCCUGUUUGCAGACACCCUUUCGGCUGCUCGAAAAGAUGUUGGGGAGUACUGGAGAGCUGUAAUGAAAGAUCAGCCUAUGCCUGAAGCACUUGAAGAGCUUGUUCGGAUCAAGGUUGCCUCCGCCGGCGCUGGUGAUUUUGAACCGAUGCCAAGCGUAACGUCCUACGGUGGCAACGAUGUUGGUCUUCACCGAGUGAAGAAACCGUUCGCUGGUGUUUUUGAACCGAGACCAAGUGUGACGGCUUAUGGAGGUGAUGGUGCUGGUCUUAAAGGAGAAAAGAAACCAUUCACUGGUGAUUUUGAGCCAAGGCCAAGCGUAACAGCUUAUGCCAGCAAUGAUUUUGAACCGAAGCCUAGCGUAACAGCCUAUGGCGGAGAUGGUGUUGGUCUCAAAGGAGGGAAGAAAUCAUUCAUCGGUGAUUUUGAACCAAGACCAAGCGUAACGGCCUAUGUCAGUAGUGAUUUUGAACCGAGGCCAAGCGUAACGGCUUAUGGUGGCAAUGAUGUUGGCCUUAAACGAGAGAAGAAGUCAUUCGCCAGUGCUUUUGAACCGAGACCAAGCGUAACGGCCUAUGGAGGCGAUGAUGCUGGUCUUAAAGGACAUAAGAAAUCAUUCAUAGUGAUUUUGAACCGAGGCCAAGCGUAACAACCUAUGUCAGCAGUGACUUUGGACCGAGGCCUAGUGUAACAGCCUAUGGCGGUGAUGAUGUUGGUCUUAAAGGAGGGAAGAAAUCAUUCACCAAUGAUUUUGAACCAAGGCCGAGCAUAACGGCCUAUGUCAAUAGUGAUUUUGAACCGAUACCUUAAACGAGAGAAGAAGCCAUUCACCAUUGUUUUUAAACCGAGGCCAAGCGUAACUGCCUAUGGAGGUGAUGAUACCGGUCUAAAAGGACAAAAGAAACCAUUCACUAGUGAUUUUGAGCCAAGGCCAAGCGUAACUGCUUAUGU